UCAUAUAACAAUGACUUCUUCUUCUUCUGCGUAUUUUCUUCUUCUCAUCUUUCUAACAUCCUCGUUAUUUUCUCUAGCAUAUUCUUCAUCAUCAUCAUCUUAUGAUCAUGAAGAUAAUGAACAACUAAAGACGUUCAUUGUUUUCGUUUCCAAACCUGAUAAACCAUCUGUUUUUGUUUCUCAUCAUGAGUGGUAUUACUCAACUCUAGCAUCUCUUCCCCCACCUACUUAUUCCUCAUCUAAUAAUCAACAUCAUAAGCCUCAACAAAUCCUCUACACUUAUGACCAUGCAAUGCAUGGAUUUGCUGCUCGACUCACACUUUCUCAAGCGUCUUAUCUCCGUAACGUUCCUGGAAUUGUAUCAGUCCUCCCUGAGCAAAUUCACAAACUCCACACUACCCGUACACCUGAGUUUCUUGGUCUUAGCGAUAAAUUCGGGAUUUGGCCGUCCUCAAAUUAUGGAGAGAAUGUCAUUAUCGGUGUUUUUGACACGGGGAUAUGGCCCGAAAGAGUUAGUUUCCAUGAUGAUGACUUGCCUCCAGUGCCUAAAAGAUGGAAGGGUAUUUGCGAGAUAGGGCCUGACUUUCCGAAAGGAUCUUGCAACAAGAAGAUAAUAGGUGCUAGAGCUUUUUCGCAAGGAUACAAAGCGUUUUUGCUUGAAAGCAAAAUGAAUGAGAGCUCUGCAGAUUCAAUGUCACCUAGAGAUACAACUGGACAUGGUACACAUUGUGCAUCAACUGCAGCUGGAUCUGGUGUUUCUGGUGCAUCAUUAGGUCCAUACGCAGCUGGAGAAGCGUACGGAAUGGCACCUUCGGCAAGAAUUGCUGUUUACAAGGUCUGUUGGCCAGGCGCUGGAUGUCCUGAAGCAGAUAUACUUGCUGCGUUUGAAAAAGCUAUUACAGAUGGAGUUGAUGUGAUUUCUUUCUCAAUCGGUGCUACAGCUCGUCCAUACAAACAGCAGUCAACCAUGAUCGGAGCUUUUCAUGCUAUGCAGAAAGGAAUUAUUGUUGUAUGCUCAGCAGGAAAUCGUGGACCUAAACCAAACACUGUAGGGAAUGUCGCACCAUGGUUACUGACAGUUGGAGCAUCCACACUGGAUCGGGGAUUCCCUGCAGAUGUGAUUUUAGGCGAUGGUAGUGUUCUUCCUGGUGUCUCAUUGUUUUAUGGAAAAAGCCGGCUGUCGGAGUCUAAUGUACUAGUUUACGGUGGUGACUGCGGUAGUAAAAUCUGCAAAGAAGGGAAAUUAGAUGUCAGCAAGGUGCGGGGAAAUGUUGUUGUAUGUGAGACUGGUGGUCCAAGAGCUGCUCAUGGGAAUGCAGUGAAAUUAGCCGGUGGAAUUGGAGUAAUUCUUGUGGAAUCCAAAACCGCAGGAGAAGGGUUGACUGCUGUUCCACAUCUAAUUCCUGGGACAAUGAUUAGUUAUAAGAAUGGUCUUAAGAUUCGAGAUUAUAUAAGAGCGAUGAAUAAAGCACAAAAAUAUUAUCCAGUGGCUGUGAUUGAUUUUAAAGGAACAUCUGUUGGGUUUUCACCAUCAUCUCCAAAAAUUGCUGCAUUUUCUAGUCGUGGUCCAAAUCCAAUAACGCCAGAGAUUCUUAAACCAGAUACUGUUGCACCAGGUGUUCAUAUCUUGGCUGCUUGGACUGGAGCUAUUGGUCCGGCCAAGUUGAAAGAGGAUGGCAGGCGGGUGGAUUUCAAUAUAAUAUCAGGCACUUCCAUGGCAUGCCCUCAUGUUAGUGGAAUCGCUGCCUUGCUUAAAACUGCUCAUCCUACAUGGUCUCCAGGUGCAAUUAAGUCUGCAUUGAUGACAACUGCUUACAAUUUGGAUAAUUCGCGUAACAAUAUUACUUGCCUUGAUGAUAGAAGAUACGCGACGCCAUUCGAACUUGGGUCAGGUCAUGUUGAUCCAAACAAAGCGCUUGACCCAGGUUUAGUAUACGACAUCGGAUCUGACAAUUAUGCAGAUUUCCUGUGCUCCAUAAACUAUUCUCCUAGAAUCAUCUCACACGUAUUCACCCAUACAGAGGUUGAUUGCAAUGGGCCGUACGCGUUGGCAAGUCCUGGUGACCUGAACUAUCCUUCAUUCUCUGUUAUUUUCAGAUCGGGAAUUAGUAAGGUUAGGUAUGUGAGAACGGUAACGAAUGUUGGACUAUCAACAAAUGCAGUUUAUGAAGUUAAGAUAAACUCUCCGUCAUCUGUUAAGAUCACUGUCUCCCCACUAAAGCUUGUGUUCAGUAGAAAAACUCGAGUUUUGACAUACACAAUCUCAUUUUCAAGUAGGGUCAAUAUUAUGAGAGUAACAAGCUUGGAUAAAACAGAAAAUUCUGAUUUCGGGUCCAUUGAAUGGUCUGACGGAGAGCACCUAGUUAGGAGUCCAAUCGCAUUUACCUGGGAUUCUACUAGUACCAGCCUGAUAUUUUCAGUUUGAUGAGUUCAUUUCUUGAGUAUGCGUCUUCGGGCGCGCUUUAUUUUGUAUCUGGGUAUCAAGUUUCGGUCAUGUGUACACUACAUUCUAUGUACUUCCCUUCUUCUUUUUUUCACUUUAGUAUGUAGACACUAUCUACACUGCAAAUGAUCGAUAAAUGCUAAUUUAUUUUUGAAG